GCACUUAGCCGGUGCAGGCUUCAGGUGAGGGUGUGUGUGUGUUUGAGGAGGGUGUGUGCUACAGAGAGGAGGGGAGUACAGAGGUGAAAGAGAGAGAGAGAGAGAGAGUGAGAGAGAGAGAGAGAUGCUGCACCUGUGCAUGAUCACCUGAGAAGAAGAAGAAACAUUAAUAUAGAGAGCGACGGUGAAUAUUUGUAAGCAUGGGGGGACAACUUCACAUCUGAGAGUAACUCCUUCAGCCAGCUCGUCAUCAACAAGGUCAGUCCUCCAUCUCUACUGGUGCCAUGGCUGACUCAAGCUGGUGGAAGCUGACCUUCUCACGCAAGAAGAAGUCUGAAACCAAAGUCCUGUACGAGAUCCCGGCCGAGUACGGCAGCAACACCGGAAACAAGGAGCACGUCUCGACCGGCAACUCUUCCCCGGACAACGCGGACAGCCAGUUCAACGCCAGGCUGGAGAAGAUCGUGGACAAGUCCGCCACCAAGGGCCGCCACGUCAAGGUGUCCCACUCUGGACGCUUCAAGGAGAAGAAGAAGGUCCGCGCAACGCUGGUCGAGAACCCGGAUCUGUUCGCGGAGCACAACCUCAGCGACGAGAACCAUAAACAGAAGACGGACAAAUAGCGUGGACACGUGCACGCACACACACACAUACACACACACACACACACACACACACACACACACCGGAUCACGCCUGUUGCAGACGCUUAGAUGAAGGAUAGAAAUCAUACACAAGCACAACCAUGUGGCUCCUGGUAACAAGGUGGAUACACACCUGUUACCAGGAGCCACACCCGGGUCGAUACUGUAACCAGUGCACACCUAAACAAACAAACUGGUAUCAGCAAACCAGUAGACAAAGUGCUGGGGACACGGUGUCUCAUUUUCUCUCUCACACACUAUUGUUAUUUAUCUGCCCGAAACUCAUGCAAACAUCCGUACGAAUGAACAGCAGCAUUGUUGUAAAUUGACAUUUUAUUUUUAUUAUUAAUGAACCUCCGUUUUUUUUAAAAUGUCUUACGCACUCGAAACACAAGAAGAAGAAGAAGAAGUGGAAACGUGUGUGUGUGUGUUCAGUAAAACCAAAGCAAAGUACAUUUUUAUUACAUUUUUAUGACCAAAGCAAAUAGAGACUUGAUUUUGAUGUCUGAAACAUUGUGGAUACUUUACGUGUAUGGUAAAUAAUAAAACUAGAUAUAUAUGUUUAUAUAAUCCUUUCUGGAAUUUAAAAGAAAAAGGAAGAAAAAAAGUGUUUUGUUUUUAAUAAAUGUAACGAGAUGAGUUAAUAUAAAGAGAGUACUUUGUGUUUUUGCUGGGAAUAAGUCACAACAUGUAGAUUAACGAUUCAUUUGUUGUGUGCUGGUUUGGUUGCCAUGGUGAUAUGACGUUCUAUAUUUAGUGCCGUGCUUCUAUAUAUUGUAACGUGGGGCUUCGCCGACGUCGGCUCUCUCAAUGAGGUCGUUAAAGAUAAACUAAUCAG